CCACAAUCAACAGCCGUGUUAGCAGCAGUCAGCAAAUCAAAACUGCGGUCAGCACGCGACCUGCUGCAUCUCUCCGGACCAGACCUGCAGCGGCUGACCGGUCUCUCAGCCACUGAUGCCCGGCGUGCACUCCAGGCGGCUGCCCUGAGCCUCCGGGGUGGUCACAUCCUCACUGCUCUGCAGCUGUACCAGCAGGAGGCGCGGUUCCCUGCGCAGCACCAGCGCCUGAGCCUGGGCUGCCCAGUGCUAGACAGGCUGCUCCGCGGAGGCCUGCCCCUGGACGGCAUCACUGAGCUGGCUGGACACAGUGCCGCGGGCAAGACCCAGCUGGCCCUGCAGCUCUGCCUGGCUGUGCAGCUGCCCCGGCAGCACGGGGGUCUGGGGGCCGGGGCCGUGUACAUCUGCACAGAGGACGCCUUCCCAGCCCGGCGUCUCCAGCAGCUCAUCACGGGGCAGCCGCAGCUGCGUCCAGAUGUCCCACGGGAGCUGCUGAGCAAGGUCAGGUUUGGGGACCAGGUGUUUGUGGAGCACGCAGCUGACGUGGAUGCCCUGCUGGAGUGCGUGGGCCGGCGGGUGCCCAUCCUGCUAGAGCGCAGCAUGGCCCGCCUGGUGGUGCUGGACUCAGUGGCCGCCCCGUUCCGCUGCGACUUCGCCGGCCAGGCCUCUGCCCGGGCCCACCGCCUGCAGACCCUGGGGGCUGCGCUUCGCCACCUGAGCUGCACAUUCCAGAGUGCCAUUCUCUGCAUCAACCAGGUCACGGAAGUGGUGGAGGAGGGGGCGCCCUUGGGGCCUCAGGGCUUCUCAGAUGCGCGGAUGUCCCCAGCCCUGGGCACCGCCUGGUCCAACCAGGUCUUGGUGAGGCUCACAGCUGAGCGUGUGCAGGGAGAGGCGGGCUCUGGCCCCCCAGCCCGCACCCUGAGGGUGGUCUUCGCACCCCAUCUGCCCCCCGCCUCCUGCUCAUACACCAUCACCACAGAGGGUGUGCGUGGGACUCCCGGAACGCAGUCCACCUGA